GCUUCAAUUUGAGCUGUGUACAUAGUAUACGAACAUAUAAUAUACGUGUCGAUUGUUUAUUUAACUGUAGCAGCUAGCGUAAAACAACUGGCUCAUGCGCGAUAAUUUACAAAUAUUCCAGCGCAAAGUAAAAAAACAACCACCAGACCUAAUUUUUCCAGGAAGCUCAUUGGUUUUGGAAGUCCAUAGUCGACUUGGAUUUCUUUCCACGCGAGAGAGCAAAGACACAGUGCUUGAGUAUAGAAACUAAGGCAGUUCAAUCAGUUUUCAGAGGACUUUCAACGCAGGCAACCCAAAAUUAAAGUGCAUAUUCAGUGAAGGAGAAGUGCUUGCAGAGCGCAACAAAGAGAGAAGAGCACCCUUACAGGCCGGAGAGUAAUUGAGAGCAAUCAAUAGCGUCAUUUCGAGUCGUGCGCACGUUUAAGUUUUGUAGAAGCUUUUGUACAAUACUGUCGUUGUAGUUGUGCAUAGCAUUUUCGUGUAUCGCUCGUUUGGUGUACACACACACGAGGACGCUAGGCUAAUCUCUACAAGCAAACAACAUGUUUUCGGGUCUCACAAAUCAAUUCACCUCUUUGGUGGGCGCCGUUAAGGGCGGCGCUGGCGAUGAGGAUGUUCCCGCCCCCACAGGCGAUGGACCAGUGUCAACAUCUUCUGAGGCUACGGCUCAAUUAGUAGAACAGGAUGCUGCAUCUGGUGCCGCAGGCAGUGAGCCCGUUCCCGAAGGCGAGGAGGGUCUCAAGAGCGGAUGGCUGGGAAGCGCCAAGGGAUGGUUGGGAAAUGCAUCAAUACCAUCAAUGCCGGCUAUGGCAAUGCCAUCCAUGCCUUCGAUGCCAGCAAUGCCAUCAAUGCCAUCGAUUCCAGGUCUUCGAAAAAGCGGCGGUGCUGAGGGAGCAGAGGGCGCUGAUGUUGUUAUGGACUCAGGUGCAUUGGGUGCUGUGAGUGGAGGCGAUGAUGAUGACAAGUCGAGGUAUAUUAGUGCAACGGAAGGCGCUGAUUCACAUCCAGCUUCUGGCGGUAACACGCCCACUGGUGAAGAGGGUCAAAUUGGACAGGGUAAGGGAAACGAAGUUAAAAUUACCACAAAAGUAACCCAACAGGCUAAGCACUUUGGCUCAUUUUUGUCAUCGGCCAUAAGUAAGGCGGGUAGCAAGAUCAAGGAAACAGUUAAGGAUAAUACUAUACUCGACUCAUUUAACAAGGAGCAGGAGGCAUUUAUGAAGGGCCAAGGAGGUGCAAGCAAUGGGGCUGCACCCUGGAUUGGUCAUGCUAACGAGGCCAAAAUCAAAGAGGAAAUAUUAGGAUUGUCCCAGGAUCGUCGGAACUUUGUGCGCGCCCCACCAGCAGGAGUGGAAUUCGAGUUUAGCUAUGAUACAGCAUAUCCCACAGCCAUUGCCAUUAUGGGAGAGGAUAAGGCGCUUGAAACGAUGCGCUUCGAAUUGGUUCCCAAGAUCAUUACAGAGGAAAAUUUCUGGCGAAAUUAUUUCUAUCGCGUGUCACUAAUCAUUCAGGCAGCCGAGCUAGGCACUUUAGGGGCAGAUGGGGUUGGCCAGGCUUCAAGCGGAGAAGAUGCGUAUCAAGUGACUGAUAAUACAAAUAAGGAACAAAAUGCGAGCUCUGUGAAAAAAACAUUAACUAAAAAGCAGAAUGGUCAAAAUAUGAUUAAAACUGAUAAGCAGUCACCAAAGCCUCUUAUAAAGCUUGAAAAUCAUGCGAAAUCUAAAGCCAGUAAUAAAAAGCUCGCAGAGUCCGAGUUUGUUUCGGAAGAGUUUCAAAUCUCAAGCGAAACCGAUUUGGAUGAGAUCAAAGAUGGUAUGCGAAAGCUGGGCCUUGAUAGUAUGACCCAAGAGACAUUAGCCACUAAAGAUGAAGAACAAUGGGAAAAGGACUUGGAAGCUGAACUUAAAGAUUAUGAGGUUGUCAAUGAAGGCGGCACUGGAGAUGAUAAACGUAAGAAUGAUGGACAAAUUGUUGAAGAACCAACAAUGUCAAGCAUACGAAUGCGGUCCGCUAACAACGAUUGGGAGGAGUAUGCCGAUUUAAUUGAGGAUACCGAUGAUUUAAAAACUCUUAAAUGUCUAAAACGCACCAUGUUGGGUUACCCAUAAGAAAUGUAUUUUUUUAUAAAGCGUUAUGCAAGCUUACAAACACCUUUGCAUAUAUACAUACUUAUGUAUAUGGUUAAGUUGGUUGAGAUUUGACGAUUGGCAUGCGUAAAAGCAAAGCUAAAACGCAUUUUACUAAGUUACCUUAAAUGAUGAUAUAAGACACUAAACAAAAUUAGCUUUAUAUAUUGAUUCUACAUGAUUUCAUUCGAAAAUUUGUACACAAAAGUUUUUAUAUUUUUUUUAAUUGUGACUAAUAGCAACUAGUUUGACUUGCGAAAACUUUGCCAACCCUUAAACACGAUUAUUGCCAACACUAUUUUUAAAACAACAUUAAUAUAAGGUGCGUAUCAUCUAAAACAACUUAUCUAACACAAUAUCAUUUUUAAUAUUAAAUACAUUGCUUAAGAUUUGUGAAACCCUUUUCAUAGUAACAAAAAUAUGUAAUGUUUUAUACGGAAUUUGUACCUUAAAGGGGUGCCUUAGUUUUCCAUGUAAUAUGUGCGUGCUUCACAAUCGUGAAUUUUGCAUAUUAAUCGCUAAUCAUAUUGCCCCCCAGAGUGUUAUUCCAUAUAUUGUAUAUUUGAAAUUUGAUGAAAUAAAUUCAUAUA